UCGAUCGGGCUCUCCUCUUUCACACACAGUCACAGUGGUGCACAUCGAAAGAUUGUCUCUUAAAUGUCUAUACCAAGUCUAUUCGAAUAUGACACAGUCCAUAGUCGUUCAAGUUGGCCAGUGUGGCAAUCAGAUUGGAUGUCGCUUCUGGGAUCUGGCCCUCAGAGAACAUGCCACCUACAACAAGAAGGGCAUCUUUGAUGAAUCCCUCAGCAGUUUCUUUAGGAAUGUGGAUGCCAGAUAUAGCAACCCUCUUGAUCUUGGUAUUGGUGAUGGAAAACAAAAGAUCACAAGCCUCAAAGCCAGGGCAGUCUUGAUCGACAUGGAGGAGGGGGUGGUCAAUGAGCUCUUGAAGGGCUCCCUCAGGGAUGUCUUUGAUCACAGGCAGUUUCUCACAGACGUCUCGGGCUGUGGCAAUAACUGGGCUGUAGGUCAUAAGCUGUAUGGUAGCCAGUACCAGGAGCAGCUGGAGGAGUGCAUCAGAACGGCCGCAGAAUGCUGUGACUGUCUCCAGUGUUUCUUCAUCAUGCACUCCAUGGGAGGAGGUACUGGAUCUGGGGUAGGGACAGCUGUCCUAAGUCAACUCCAAGAUCUUUUUCCAGAUGUGUACAGGUUUGUUACUGCUGUGUACCCUAGCAGUGAUGAUGAUGUGGUCACUUCACCAUACAACAGUGUGCUAGCUAUGAGGCAGCUUACAGAGUAUGCAGACUGUGUCAUGCCCAUCGAGAAUCAGGCUCUCUAUGACAUCUGCCAAAAGGUUUACCAGGCUCAACCCCAGGAACAAGGGGGCAAGCGUACCUACCCAGCAGGGUCAGGCCAGGUUAAAGGUCAAGGGAGUGUGGUGUCCGGGGCAGGGGGAGCCACCAAGGCUGGCCAGGAGAAACCGUUUGAUCACAUGAACAACAUUGUGGCCAAUAUGCUGCUGAAUCUUACCAGUUCUUCAAGAUUUGAGGGGUCCUUGAAUGUGGAUUUGAAUGAGAUUAGCACCAACUUGGUUCCCUUUCCACGCCUGCACUACCUCGUCACAAGCCAGACACCCCUCUAUACAUCAAGCAGCCUUAGGAUCCCAGCAAGGAGAUUAGACCAGAUGUUCACUGAUGCAUUCAGCCGAGAAAAUCAAAUGCUGAAAGCUGACCCCAAGAAUAGCAUGUACUUGGCAUGUGCCCUCAUGUGUCGUGGGAAUGUACAGGUUUCGGACAUACGUCGUAAUAUAGACAGGUUACGUCCGUCCCUGAAUUUCAUCCACUGGAACACGGAUGGCUGGAAGACUGGUCUGUGCUCCGUGCCUCCAGUGGGUCAUCCCUAUUCCCUCUUGACCCUGGCCAACAACACCUGUCUCAAGACAAACUUCUCUGAUCUACGAGAUAGAUUCAGCAGGCUCUACAAGAGGAAGGCUCAUAUACAUCACUACACCAGUGUAGAAGGCAUGGAUGUGGGUGAAUUCAAGGAGAGUCUGGAGUCUUUAUCAUCCCUCAUUGAGGAGUAUCACAAACUAGAUACGGCUCAGGCUCAACAGGUUCCUCGCCUCAACAUUGCAUCGUGAUAGUUUCAAAUGUAAGGCUCUUGUAGAGGAGAAUUAUGAGCUGGAGACAGCUGUUCCGGUUCCUCUCCUCAACAUAGAAUCUUGAUAGUGUCAAGUGUGCAGCUCUCAUGGAGGUGUAUCCGAAGCUUGAGAUGGCCCAAGCACUGCCACUUCCUUGUCUCACCAUCGCGUCUUGAAAUGCUUCCAGUCUGGUGUCCAUUUUGAGGAGUACCGUCAGAAAAGGUGCCACAGGGGUAGGAUAUUCCUUGCCUCAACGUCGCAGAUGGUAAGCUUCAGAAGUCCAGUAUUCCAGAGGUGUAUCAAUACAGGGAGAUGGCACAUGUCCCAUUCCUCACCUCAACAUCACAUCAUGAGAGGCUUCAUGUGUGGUUCCGUUGUUGAGAAAGCUGGAGAUGGAACAAGCGAGCCCUAUUCCUUGACUCAAUCUCGCCACAACAUCAUAUCUUAACCAAAUUCUAGUUGGCUUUUGGACGUUGUUGAGGAUUAUCGGAAGCCAUAGGUGGCAAAGGCACAACCUGCUCUUUGACUCAACAUUGCAUCACAGAAAACAGUCAGUCAUUCCCCGAUUGCUGCCUACAUAUGUGUUGGCUCUUGCUGGGGUUUCAAGAUAUCUCCUUUAAAUGGGGAGUGGAGAGACUCUUUCUAUGCUUGAGGCCUGAGCAUGGAAACUAUAAUGCAUACAAGUAUGAGCAUUGCUUUCAGGAAGAACAGUCUGGAGGAGUAUUUGUUUGCACAUAUUGAGCCUAGCAGUGACAGGCAAUCUGUCUGAGGUCAUAUGACAUUUCGUAGUCGCAGGUCAGGUCAAAAUUAAAAGAUUCAACAUUUUCAACAUAGUGCUUUCCCUAAAUUUCUCUAAAACACCUUCAAUUAUGAUUUGCUUGCCCUUGCAUGUCCUAGAAUUUAUUAUGUUAUUUUUCUGAAUCUUUAUUUAUAGAAACAAGCAAUACCUCUAAAUUAGAAAAACAGUGAAAUAUGUUUUUAAAUUGAAUGAAAUUAAAUGAAAAAAAUUAAGCAGUGGAGGUCUUUGUGUGUCACUGUUGUAUGUGCAAACAUUGUUGUCAAUCAAACUUUCCACGGACAAGCUGGUAGGGGGGGGGGGGUGGUAAUUAAAUUGACCAUAAUAAACCGAGAUUACAUUUCUUUGUAGACUCUGUUGAGUGUAAUGGAAAUUGUCCUGUGCGCAGAUGGAAAUAUCCAUAUUUUGGGAUUUGGUCUGACAUCUGGAUCAAGUUCAGAAUAAUAUCUUUAUUAGUAAAGGCUUGUUCAGAUAUGGCGAGGUAAACCACUGCAAAAAAGCUGCCAUUUCUAUUAAAAAAAAUGUUUAAAUGAAUUGUAACAACGUGCAACAAAGGACUUGCCUCUGUGUUAUAAGAUCCAGAAAUGUGAUGCAUAUUUAAUGCCAUUAAUCUAUCGACAACAACAAAAUCGCAGCUGCAUCAUAUCUGAAUGAGCCUUAACACACCAUGGUCAUAUUCACAGCAAAUGUUACAAUGUUACAAAUAAUAAUGAAUUAAAGGGACAAGUUACAUCUUCAUUUAUAUUUUGGAUUUUUUUUCAGUAAAUAAACAAGUUUAUCAUCCUUGAGAUGAAAUUGAAUUUUUGCUCUCAUCCCUUAA